UAAAUUUCAUAAAUUUACACAUGGCCUGCCUGCCACUUCCUGUCUCCCUUACUCUCUUGCAAACUGGGAGAAGCAAAUAGAUUCAUCAAAAUUCUAUAUCCUCCAAAAACUCACACCUGCAAAUCCAUUGGUUUCUGCACCUGUACCCGGAAUUGUGGUCAGUCAUAUUCAUCUAGUCUGUUGCUCUUUUGCUUUAUUAAACACUUUGUUUAAGCUGAUAGUAGGAUUUAACUUUCAGCAAAGCAAAACCCAUGAAUGGUCACCAAUUGUUUGUCUUAUUUCUGGUUGAAUUUGUUGUCAACGUCUCUUCUUUCCUUCACUUGUGUAACAUAAAGGUAUAGGGUGGUAUGAAAUUUUCUUUCUUGUUUGCUGCUUCGCUCAAUCUGACUCAACUUCAUGAAACUGGAAUAUGUGUUCCCCAGAUGGGUUUCUGUUUUUGACUAUUAAAGUUAUUGCAGUUCAAUCAUAGAGUGGAUAUAGACCUUUUCCUUUUGGUAAGUGUCAUUGCUGAAUCCUUUUUAGGAUUGAGUUUUCAUGUUUUUAUAAAGAACCAGUCUUUUGGACACAAUUUGGGGCUGUUAAAUAAUGGGUUCGUUCCAGUUUAGAAACUUGUGUUUCUGUCUCUUCCUUGUGUACUUCAAAUCCUGCAUGGCUAGCCAACAACAUUCAGGCCGGAUUUAUCCCGGUUUCCAAACAUCUCAGAUGGAAUGGAACAAUAAUUCGGGGUGGUUCCUUCUGUCCAACAACUCUGCAUUUGCUCUUGGAUUCUACCAAGGCCUUGAUGUCGUUGAUGUCAAGUCGUUUUUACUCGUGGUCUAUCACUUGGGUGCAUCUAAAGCGGUUUGGACUGCUAAUAGAGGCAUGCUGGUUGCUAAUUUUGAUAAGUUUGUCUUUGACAAAGAUGGGAGUGUCUACUUGGGAAGCGGCGAUGAUAAGGUUUGGUCUACCAACACAACGGGAGAAGUAGUUACAGCCAUGGAAUUGCGGGAUUCGGGAAACUUGGUGUUGCUUGGAGAGAAAGGAAGCAUUCUUUGGCAGAGUUUUAGCCACCCAACUGAUACUCUUUUACCGGGUCAGGAGUUCUUGGAAGGAAUGAAACUCAAGAGCUUUCGGAACAAGAACAACUUGUCUAAUUAUCUUGAGAUUCAGUCAGGCGAGUUGGUUCUGUAUGCUGGAUAUCAAACUCCACAGAUCUAUUGGUCAAUAGCAGAUGAAAGCAGGAAAAGCAAUAACAAUGUCAGUGGAAAGGUUCACUCUGUGUCUCUGGUGUCCAAUUCAUUGAGUUUCUAUGAUCAAAGUAAAGCCUUACUUUGGCAAUUUGUUUUCUCUGACAACAAAGAUCCGAAUGCCUUCUGGGCCGCUGUUUUAGGCCCGGAAGGCUCAAUCACCUUCCUUGAUUUUCAGAAGGGAAGGUCUGUUGUCGCUGAAGCAACUAAGAUCCCACAAGAGUCUUGCAGCCUUCCUGAGCAUUGUGAACCUUACUUUGUAUGCUAUUUUGAUGGUUGGUGCCAAUGCCCUUCACCUCUCCUCUCUCGCUUUAAUUGCGCACCUCAAGCAGUCCCAACAUGUAGUACCUCCAAAAGUCCAGUGGACCUUUUGUUUGUUGGUGAGAAGCUUGACUACUUUGCACUGGGUUUUACAAAACCCUCUUUGAAAUCUAGUCUGGAUUCCUGCAAAGAAGCUUGCCUUGGUAAUUGUUCUUGCCUUGUGUUGUUCUUUGAAAACAGUACUGGAGAUUGUUUUCUGUUUGACCAGGUGGGAAGUUUCCAACGAUCUCUUGGGAAUGACACUGGUUAUACUGCAUAUAUGAAAGUCUUUGAUGGAGACAGGAAAUCAAACCGAAAUGGAAGAAAGCACGCACUUGUCGUUGUGGCCAUUUUGAUUGCAACAAUCAUAGUUGUUGUUGGUCUACUUUAUGUGGGAUUUGGGUAUUACCGAAAGAAGAAGAGAUUAUUGGAGUACUCUCAAGAAAUCUUGGAAGAGGACAAGUUCUUGGACAGUCUGUCUGGAAUGCCGAUACGCUUCACAUACAGUGAUCUCUGCACAGCAACCAAGAAUUUCUCCACAAAAAUUGGCCAAGGAGGGUUUGGUUCAGUCUAUCUAGGUGUUCUUCCAGAUGGCAUCCAACUUGCAGUGAAAAAGUUAGAGGGACAAUUUCAAGGGAAGAAAGAGUUCAGAGCAGAAGUCACUAUUAUUGGGAAAAUUCGACAUGUCCAUUUGGUCAAGCUCAGAGGCUUCUGUGCAGAAGGAAUUCAUAGGCUACUUGUUUAUGAGUACAUGGGAAAAGGGUCUUUGGAUAAAUGGAUAUUCAACAACAAUAAAAAGGAGGAUCAAUUUCUGGAUUGGAACACAAGAUUCAGUAUUGCAUUGGGAACUGCAAAGGGGCUGGCUUAUCUCCAUGAAGAAUGUGAAGAGAAGAUUGUUCACUGUGAUAUAAAACCUGAAAAUGUGCUUCUUGAUGACAACUUUAAUGCCAAAGUUUCAGAUUUCGGAUUGGCCAAGCUGAUGAAUCGGGAGGAAAGCCUUGUGCACACGACAUUGAGGGGCACGAGAGGUUACCUUGCACCAGAAUGGCUCACCAAUUAUGCCAUAUCGGAGAAGAGUGAUGUGUACAGUUAUGGCAUGGUCUUGCUUGAGAUUAUAGCUGGAAAAAGGAACUUUGCUCCUGGGGAGAGUUCCGGGAAAUCCCACUUUCCUUCUUAUGCCUGUAGGCAGUUGGAAGAGGGCAACUUGAAAGAGUUCAUUGAUCCAAAGCUUGAUAUUGAUGAAAAUGAUGAAAGAGUUGUGGCUGCAAUCAAUGUAGCAUUAUGGUGUAUUCAGGAUGAGAUGCAAAUGAGGCCUCCCAUGACUAAGGUAGUCCAAAUGCUUGAAGGUCUUUGUGAUCUACCACCACCGCCUACAUCCUCCCCAAAGUCGGUUUCUCAUUUGAGUUUCUUACAAUGGAGCAGCAAAGAAGCUAGUUCAUCAGCAGGACUCAGUGACUACUAUACUGAUAUACCCAUGUCAGAUGUUCGGCUCUCGGGGCCAAGGUGAUAGAGGCAAAUUAUAUGGAUGGAGAUGUAGAAUUGGUGAAAGCUUUCAAGCAAGGUGUUAGCUUAUGCAUGAUUUAACAGUUCAUGUUGUGAUACAUGCCCCUGAUGUAUGUUCCCUUUUCAUUAUAAUAUAUAAUAUAGAUCUUUUGCACACAUUCCCUGAAUCAAUCCAAUAUGCCUUAGCUGCUCAUCAAAUGUUCAA